GGGAAGGCGGAAGCGGGUCCCGGCCCCGUGUGCCGGGUCCGGAGGGGCCAUGGCCGGGGCCGGCUGGGCCCCGCCGCGCCUGGACGAGUUCAUCCUUACCGAGCGCCUUGGCUCCGGCACCUACGCCACCGUCUAUAAGGCCUUCAGGAAGAGGGACGUUCGUGAAGUGGUAGCCAUCAAGUGUGUGAGCAGGAGGAGUCUGAACCGGGCGUCCGUGGAGAACCUGCUGACAGAGAUCGAGAUCCUCAAGAACAUCCGCCACCCGCACAUCGUGGAGCUCAAGGACUUCCAGUGGGACAGCGACCACAUCUAUCUGAUCAUGGAGUUCUGUGCUGGGGGCGACCUCUCCCGCUUCAUCCGGAUGCGCAGGAUCCUCCCUGAGAAGGUGGCACGCAUCUUCCUGCAGCAGCUCGCCUGCGCCCUGAAGUUCCUCCACGACCGCAACAUCUCCCACCUGGACCUCAAGCCACAGAACAUCCUCCUGAGCGCGCCGGAGAACCCCCAGCUGAAGCUGGCAGAUUUUGGCUUUGCGCAGUACAUGUCGCCAUGGGAUGAGCAGCGUGUCCUGCGGGGCUCCCCCCUCUACAUGGCCCCUGAGAUGGUGUGUCGCCAGCAGUACGAUGCCCGCGCGGACCUGUGGUCGGUGGGCGUCAUCCUUUACGAAGCACUUUUUGGGGAGCCACCCUUUGCUUCUCACUCCUUCGCCGAGCUGGAGGAGAAGAUUCGCAGUGACUGGGUUGUGAAGCUUCCCAGCCGACCCCAGCUCUCCCCAGAAUGCCGGGAUCUCUUGGGACAACUCUUGGAGAGGGACCCUCUGAAGCGCAUCUCCUUCGAGCGCUUCUUUGCCCACCCCUUUGUGGACAUGGAGCAUGUCCCAGGCCCUGAGAGCCUGGGCAAGGCGACUGACCUGGUGGUGGAGGCAGUGAGGAAGGAUCAAGAGGGGGAUGCCAACGCUGCCCUCUCCCUCUACUGCAAAGCCCUGGAGUAUUUCGUGCCAGCACUGCACUAUGAAAGCGAUGCACGGCGGAGAGAAGCCAUCCGGGCCAAGAUGGGGCAGUACAUCUCCCGAGCAGAGGAGCUGAAGGCUUUGGUCAACUCCAGCAACAAGAACCUACUGGAGAAAGGAAAUCCAGCUAGAGAGCUCCUUAAAGAGAUGGCCAAGGACAAGCCUCGGCUCUGUGCAGCGCUGGAAGUGGCUUCAGCUGCCAUGGCCAAGGAGGACGAAGGCGGGGAUGAUGGUGAUGCCCUGGAGCUGUACCAGCAGAGUCUGGGGGAGCUGCUGCUCCUCCUGGCUGCGGAGCCAGCAGGGCGGCGACGGGAGCUGCUCCAUGCGGAGAUCCAGAUGCUGAUGGCCCGAGCUGAGUACCUGAAGGAUCAGAUCAAGAUGCGGCAGGCACAGUCCGUGGGCAAGGAGGCGCUGGCAGAGCCCAUCCGGAGUGCCUGUACCUUGCAGUGAUUCCCAGGAGCCGGCCAGUGGAUGCUGCUCACUGCCCUGUGCAGAGAUGCCAUCGGAAAGACGAGGCUUCCGUCCCCACCGCAUCAGGGGCUCUGACAACCCCAAGAUCCAAACCAUAUUUCCGGCAAUCACUUGUCAGGGGUGCUGAGGUCCGCCUGUCCUGCAAAACGAGGGACUCAUCUCAAAAUCUUCUGUAUCUCAAGGGAAUGUAAUUUAUUGUCUUUAAUAAAUGCUAAUUUUGGUUUCU